AUGGAUGAUCCAGCGGUUCCGUCCAAAAGAUUACGGAAAACAACAAGCAGCGAAGGAAUGUUGACUUCAGACGAUUUAAACCAUAUUAUGAACUGGUCUUCCGAUGAAGAUGCUGACAGUGGAAGUAGUUGGAGUGGAGGUAAUGGAGGAUAUGGUGACAGUAGUGACGAUGAGGAAGAAAACCCAGAACCGGUAGAACCAAAUGUUGUUGUUCAACAAACUCAAAGUAUACAAAAUGGAUUUGAUAUCUGGCAUGAAGAUAAGUACAUGGCACAACCAAUAUCUUUUACUGGUACAACAGGUCUUAUCGUUUCACCUGCAGAAAUAUUUUUAAGUGAAAAUAUAACUGAUAAAUCUAGAAUUACCAAAUGGAAAAUCUUAACUGUAGCUGAAUUUAAAGUAUUUUUGGGUCUUCUUUAUCAUAUGGGAACUAUUCGUACGAAUAGACUACAAGAUUAUUGGAAGAAGGGAUAUCUUUUUGACCUGCCAUGUUUUAACUCUCGUAUGAGUAGAGAUAGAUGGAUGUUAAUUUUACGUUGUUUACAUUUUGCGAAAAAUCCAGCACAAAAUUAUGAGCCCCAACCUAGGAAUCGUUUGUAUAAAAUUAACCCUCUUCUAGAUAUAUUUCAUGAAAAUAUCGAUCGAAUUCAAUAUCCAACAAGAGUUCUUGCUAUGGACGAGUCUAUGGUCUUCUGGAGAGGCUGUUUGGUUUUUCGUCAAUUUAUUCACGGAAAAAGACAUAAAUAUGGAAUUAAAAUGUAUGUUUUGACAGACUCAUUGGGAUUUGUUUUAAAAUGUAUAAUUUAUUUUGGUUCAAAUGAUACUGAAGUUGGUGGUAAAGGCCAUGUAACUAAUGUUGUGAAAAAAUUAUUAGAAGGCAAAUUAGGAGUUGGUCAUAGCAUAUAUAUGGAUAACUAUUAUAAUAGUGUGGAGCUAGCUCAAUAUCUUUUAAACAAUAAUACAUAUUGUACUGGUACGUUGCGUGCAAAUAGGAAGAAUAAUCCUCAAGAAGUAAUUAAAAAAAAAUUAAACAAAGGAGAAAUGAUUCAAAGGUUUACUCAAGAAGGUACUUGUAUAAUGAAGUGGAGAGACAGAAGAGAUGUACUUGUAAUAUCAACAGAAUAUGACGGAACUUUGGUGGAAGAAAUUAAUAAAAAGGGAAACCAAAUUACAAAACCAAAAGCUAUACUUCAAUACAACAAGUUUAUGGGGGGCAUAGAUCAUUCAGAUCAAAUGUUAUCAUAUUACUCAUGUGAACAUAAAACUAUGAGAUGGUAUAAAAAACUAGGUAUUCACAUUCUCCAAAUUAUUUUAGUAAAUAGCCAUAAUUUAUUCAACAGAUAUAGUGGAUCAAAACUCAAUUUAUACGAAUUUCGUUUGUCUGUCAUUGAAUCAUUGAUAAAAGAAGGACUGGAAACUACUUUAGCACCACGUUUUACUCCUCAACCCAAAACGGGAAAUCACUAUCCAAAAAUGGUCGAAAGAAAUGAAAAUAAAAAGAAAAAAGUUCGUCGAUGCCAAGAGUGUGUUAAAACCAAAAAACGUUCAGAAACUGACAUCUACUGCCCAACAUGCCCAGGUUAA